ACAGUUACUGUGUUGGUGUUGUUCCAAAAUGAUCAAAGCUGAGCAUGUUUAGACAAAACAACAGGAUACUUGAGAAACAUAACAUGCUUAUUAUGCUCGUCUUUCUUGGGUACAUAGCGCGUGCCACUUCUACUCCAAUCUGCAAAUUGCAUUCUCCAAUCUUCAAUUCCUUUCUACCCACAUUUUCUUAUGCUACAUUCAUUCCAACGCCCAAUGUCUUCUCCACUCACAAAUGCUAUGGAGGCUAGUUAGAAGAACCCAAAGUCAGUUAAUUUGUGAAAAAUAAGCAAGAACAUGGCAACGACUAGCAGGGCUGAGAAGAAGGCAGCAGUGGAUGCAGCUGCGUGGGUGUUCAACGUUGUCACUUCUGUUGGAGUUAUCAUUGUAAACAAAGCUUUGAUGGCCACUUACGGCUUCAGUUUUGCUACAACAUUAACAGGUCUUCAUUUCCUUACUACAACUUUGAUGACAUCCAUACUAAAGAUGCUGGGAUACGUCCAGCCUUCGCAUUUACCCUUUCCAGAACUUUUAAAAUUUGUUUUAUUUGCUAACUUCUCCGUUGUUGGAAUGAAUAUUAGUCUAAUGUGGAACUCAGUUGGAUUCUAUCAAAUUGCUAAGUUGAGUAUGAUACCUGUAUCGUGCCUUUUUGAAGUUGUUUUCGACAAGGUUAGGUACUCUAGAGGCACGAAACUCAGCAUAUGUGUCGUUCUCUUAGGUGUUGGUGUUUGCACGGUUACUGAUGUGAGUGUUAACACAAAAGGUUUUGUUGCUGCCUUUGUAGCAGUGUGGAGCACUUCUAUGCAACAAUAUUAUGUCCAUUUCCUUCAGAGGAAGUAUUCACUCAGUUCUUUCAACCUAUUGGGACAUACAGCACCGGCACAGGCUGGAUCACUACUUCUUCUGGGCCCUUUUCUAGACUACUUGUUGACAAACAACAGAGUUGACCAAUUUGCUUAUAAUUCAGGUUCUUUGAUGUUCAUAUUUAUGUCAUGCACUAUAGCAGUGGGGACCAACCUUAGUCAAUUUAUCUGCAUUGGCAGAUUCACUGCGGUCUCUUUUCAAGUACUAGGCCACAUGAAGACCAUACUUGUUCUGAUAAUGGGGUUCUUUUUCUUUGGGAGGGAAGGUCUUAAUGUUCAAGUGGUUUUAGGGAUGGUUAUUGCUGUGUGUGGAAUGAUAUGGUAUGGCAAUGCCUCAUCAAAGCCUGGUGGAAAGGAGCGUUUGAAUCACUCUCUUCCCACCAACAAAACAGAAAACCAAUAGUUUCAUAGAAUUCACUCAUUAUGGUGGUUUAUUUACAGAAGUUGAGAUGAUAAGACGUGAAUAUAUUUCAUUAUAGGGCUGACUACGUUCCAAGCAAAAAUAUCUCCUUCAAUAAUGACACUCAUCCAUUCUUGUUGCUUCUUGAUUCUGGUUCUGUCAACAAAAGCAGCAUACAGAGCAGUGUGUUAAGACUGAAAAUUUUCACACGACACAAAUGAACGACAGAGGUCCUCCCAUAGUUUGCCCUCAUGAAAGUGCGACUUAUAGACUUAUCUGAAAGUGCAGGAUUAGGAUGUUAUUAUAUUGAUACUCUCACAUGUAAGUUUAUAUGAUGACUGGUAUGGACGCCUUCAAUAAAUCAAAUUAGUUGCAGAAUA